CCUUAUUGUAGUAUUACAUAAGUAUUUUAUUUGAAAAUCGCAACAACCACAAGUAGCACCACUGCUUUUUAGUCGCCAGCAGUGACAAGAAAUUAAAACCUCCAAAAAAGAUGUUGGGUCGAUUUGGUAACGUCGUUCCAGUGCUGGUACAAAAUGCCCCCCAAGCUCAACAGCAACGUGGCAUGGCCACACUUAAAGCCAUUUCCAUUCGUCUUAAAUCUGUAAAGAACAUACAGAAAAUUACUCAGUCCAUGAAGAUGGUAUCAGCUGCCAAAUAUUCUAGGGCUGAAAGAGAAUUAAAACAAGCCAGACCCAUCGGUGUUGGAGCUCAACAAUUUUACGAAAAGGCCGAUGUUCAACCUCCUGCGGAAGCCCCUAAGAAGCUUAUGAUUGCUAUGACAUCAGAUAGAGGUUUAUGCGGUGCUGUUCAUACAAGCGUUGUUCGUCAAAUUCGUACCGAACUCGCCGAAUCUGGUGAAAAUACGAAAGUGAUUUGCGUUGGUGAUAAAUCGCGCGCAAUCCUUCAACGUUUAUACGGCAAGAACAUUAUUUUGGUUGCAAACGAAAUUGGACGUUUGCCCCCUACAUUCACAGACGCCUCCCGUUUAGCGAAAGCCAUUCUAACUUCUGGUUAUGAGUUUACCUCUGGUAAGAUUGUCUAUAACCGAUUCAAAUCGGUCGUUUCUUAUUCCACUCAACAGAUGCCUGUGUUCAGUUUAGCUGCUGUUACUGCUGCUCCUAAAUUGAGUAUUUACGAUUCGUUGGAUAAUGAUGUGAUUCAAAAUUACUUGGAAUUUUCUUUGGCUGCGUUGAUUUUCUACGCAUUGAAAGAGGGUGCUUGCAGCGAACAAUCAUCCCGUAUGACUGCUAUGGACAAUGCUAGCAAGAACGCCGGGGAAAUGAUUGACAAAUUAACCCUGACAUUUAACCGUACAAGACAGGCAGUCAUCACCAGAGAGUUGAUUGAAAUUAUUUCUGGUGCUUCAGCAUUGUAAAUUAAUUCAAAAAAAAACUAUAUAAAAAAGUAAUAUGAAAGGACUACCUAAAAAACGGUAUUGAUAUCUAAGUAAAAAGUUUUUUUUGAAACCAUUUAGAGAAACAGAAAAUAAUCUAGAUAAUCUUAAGUUUUAAUUUUUAUUUUAAUUCCAUCGGCAUUGUAUCAAGCAAUUAUAAACAAAUAAAAAAUUUGGAAAUGGGGAGGUAUGUGUAAAAGUUGAAAUAGGCGGCAAAGCGGAAAUUAGCCCCAAAAGUCACUGGAUACAAAAUCGACAUCGACCGCUUUUUACUUCUAUUUUAUCUGUUGCAUUAUCGAUCCCGGUAAUUAGGCUUCAUCAUUUGUAUUUUUUUUGUUGUUAUAUUGGAAUAAUAAUAAAACAUAUUUGGUUGUCUUUA